CUCAUUGCACAAGCGGCCUGGCUUACGGAGGCGUUGAAAACAUGCUAAGCCGGGGUUGCACAAUGAGCAGAGUGGGCGUCACUCACUCACGGAGAGGGGAGCCCUACGUGCUGCUGCCUCGUCGGGCGCCAGCCAUGGACAUGGAGAAGGUCAACGCCAUGGACUUCGGGGAAUUCGUGGAUGUGUUCGGGAACGUCAUCGAGAGGUGUCCUCUGGUUGCAGCUGCUGUCUGGUCCCAGCGCCCGUUCUCAGACCUGGAGGAUUUAGAGAAGCACUUUUCUGCCUUUAUUGAUGCUCUUCCACAAUCAGGCCAGGAGGGCAUCCUGCGCUGCCACCCGGACCUGGCGGGCCGAGAGCUGCAGCAGGGCACGCUUACAGCCGAGUCGCGGCGGGUGGAGCUGCCGCACGGGCCGGGCACCUUGGACGCUCCGCGAGAUGCGCUGGGGACGCGGCCGUGUCCUGUGCGCCCGCGUCGGGAGGCAGACUCCGGCCUCACGGCGUCCACAAAGGAGAUGGAGAAUUGAAGCAAUCAUACGAGUAAUGAGCGCUUUUGUCCGUCCGCCCACACGCGCACGCGUUGCCAAAAUAUGCCUGGUUUUAGUGCUUUGCCCCCGAUUUAUCCAGCUCACUGCUUCAAUUCUUCACUCCCUUUGCGGCCUGCAGACACCAUCAGCCUUUGUGGAUUCCAAAGCGCUUACCCAGCUCUCGGCUCCGCGCCCUUCUCUGUUAAGCCGGAGCUGCAAAGCAAAACCGACAGGAAAGGAAUCUUUUAUUCCACA